CACGCCCUGUGAGAUAACAGGAAUAAGGUCGUCGAUGGCCGGAACCGAGGCUGGCGAGCUCGUAGCUCCCAAGCAGAUCGGAUUCGAUAACGAAGGCGGCCCUUACACUGCCGUCCGCGAGACCUCUCCGACGAAGCACGAGAACGAGCUCCCCUGGCACGAUGAUAUCCGCCACGAAGGAGACGACGACGAUGAGCUAGACGACGACGAUGAGCUAGACGACGACGAUGAGCUAGACGAUGACGAUGAGCUAGAAGACGAAGAUAACGACAGCGGGUCCCAGUCCAGUUCCUACAAUUACGAUUCUUCUGAUGAAGAAGCAGCUCAAAGAAGAGAAGACAGAUAUCUGGCUAGAGCGAAGAAAGAAGCAGAAGAGUAUGAAAAACCAAAGGAGAUCGCCGUCGAAGAGGCAUGUUCUCUCUUGGAGGCGGAACUUAGGAAUGGCAAUUCUGUUCCAAUCGGCCCGCUGGAAGGAGGCACCUUCGAGCUGUACUCCACCGAGUACAUGUCACAUUAUUUUGUCGAGGUGCACUUGGGAAAGAGAAUUCGCUUUGGGCAUGGACAAUAUGACGAGAUUCCUGAGAUGAUAUGCCGGCCGGGACAGGUCCACGCAGAAUUACACAUAUACCCCGAAGGCCAUCUCGAUAUCUAUCCCUUUGACCCUCCACUUCAUGCCUCACUCACACCCAUCAUCCUCGAGUCAUAUUAUAGUUGCGACGUCGAACUUGUUUUCCUCGGUCAUGGGUACUUGAAGUUGCGAAUCGAGCUGGACGCUUUACUCAAAGGGACGUCAGCAACACAGCGCGUCUACGAGCCCAAGAUGAUCGAAUUCUCCGGAAUAUACAUCAGUGAUGAAGAGCGGAAAAGGCAGCGGCAGGCGCGUUCCCGCUCCUCGUCCCCGCCAACCCCAAGAGAUUCUUUUGCUUCGCGUUGCGACCCCUUUAUAAUAUAA